AUGGCCACUGUCAGCUAUCCCUCCAUCAGCACUGAAUCCGCCCACGAGUGCAAAGUCUCUCCGCAUCAGGUACUGCCCAUGGAAGAUGCCGCAGCCACCACACCUGUGAUCCUUCACGAUCAUGAUGAGACAGGUCCCCAAAGCAGCAUCAUCACCCAAAGCCGCAUGAACGAGAAGUCCGAACAGACCGAGCAACGGCUCGAAAAAAUGCGAGGAGCGGUGAGAACACUGCUGGAGUGCAUCGGGGAGGACCCCGACCGCGAGGGCCUCCAGGCCACCCCCUUGCGAUACGCAAAGGCACUCUUGUUCUUGACCGAGGGCUACCAGUCCGACAUCACCACCGUCCUGAACGGCGCACUCUUCUCUCACGAGGGACAUGCUAGUGAAAUGGUCAUUGUGAAGGAUAUUGAAAUUUACAGUCUGUGUGAACAUCAUCUUGUGCCGUUUAUGGGAAAGAUCCACAUCGCCUACCUCCCGCACAAGACCCUCAUCGGCCUCUCCAAACUCCCUCGCAUCGCCGAAAUGUUCGCCCGUCGCCUACAAAUUCAAGAGCGUUUGACCCGUCAAAUCGCGCACGCGAUUAUGGAUCAUAUCCUUCCUCGGGGCGUGAUGGUCGUCAUGGAGUCUUCGCAUUUGUGUAUGGAAAUGCGCGGUGUGGAGAAGUCGGGGUCGAGGACGGUUACGAGUUUUGCGUUGGGGUGUUUUCAGCAGGAGCAGUUGGGGGGUGGUAUUGGUAGGGCGGAAUUGCGAGGGGAGUUUUGGAGGGGGGUGGGGUUGGGGAAGUAA